UGUCAGCUGACUCUUUCUGGCUGGUGUUGAUGUGAGCGCACCCCCCUUGUCACUGUCAGAUCGAGCAUCCGGAACGGAGCGGGCGCACAGUCUUCCUCCCACCGCUCCCCUCUUCUCCCGGGCCCAGUCUAUCCUCUUCUCUCCGGGAUUCUCCAGCCGACGCUCCCCGUCCCCACCUCACCAUGAGCGGGCAUCUCAUGUUAUACUCCGGGGUCACCCUGGCCUUCUGGGCCACCCUCAUCAUCGUCGGGACGUGUUAUACGAUAUUCGACUUGGGAUUUCGCUUUGAUGUAGCGUGGUUCCUAACAGAAACGUCUCCUUUCAUGUGGGCCAACCUCGGCAUAGGAUUAGCCAUCUCCCUAUCGGUGGUGGGAGCUGCAUGGGGUAUUUAUAUUACCGGCUCCAGCAUUUUAGGAGGAGGUGUGAAAGCUCCAAGGAUUAAAACCAAGAACUUGGUCAGCAUCAUUUUCUGUGAAGCCGUGGCAAUUUACGGCAUUAUUAUGGCCAUUGUAAUCAGCAACAUGACAGAGAACUUCAAAGGAACUACCCCAGAGACCAUCGGAAGCAGGAACUAUCAUGCCGGUUUCUCCAUGUUUGGGGCAGGCCUUACCGUGGGAUUCUCUAACCUGUUCUGCGGGAUCUGCGUCGGCAUUGUCGGCAGCGGGGCAGCUCUUGCAGAUGCUCAGAACGCCAGCCUGUUUGUUAAGAUCCUGAUUGUGGAGAUCUUCGGUAGUGCCAUCGGGCUGUUUGGUGUAAUUGUGGCAAUUCUGCAGACCUCCAAAGUAAAAAUGGGAGACUGAAGCCCCCUCUCCAGACUGAAUAUGGAGGCUGCAGUGAGCGCGCCAUGCCGGCCUCCCUCCCCAUCGGAGAUCAUCCCGGAACAGACUUCUAUUUAUUCCGUUUUUGUUGUUUUGACUCGGUCAAAAGAUUUAUGACAAAAAAAAACAUUCUUUCCCUGUUGUAUUUUUAUUUUAAGGCUCCCAAAAUGUGCUGUAAAGAUGGUGUAUAUAGUUUUAUUCCUGAAAUGUCACCUGUCUUAGGAUCGUCUGAGAAUGAGAAAAUUUAAAUAUAUAUCGGCUGUGGCGUGCUGUUCAAGGAACCUGUUCCCUUUAAAACUAAGGCAGAAGAAAACAUUAUUAUCUAUAUUUUUGUUUGUUUAAAUAUUGCAAUAAUGUCAGGACUGUGAUUGUUCAUGUAAUAAAUUUAGUGGUGGUUUGUGUCGUUCACCCCUCGCCCAACAGGCUGAAAUGUA